AUUCGUAACGACGAUAAUUGAUGCUAAAAUUUAUACGCAAACCUUCAAAUCACACUCACUGCAGCCUCUUAAACCUCUCAACUUCCAAGUUUCCAGAUCAUAUAAAUCCAUGUCUGUAUAUGCAUAAUCCUACUCUCCAUUUCUAGUUUAAUUUCGUACGAUUUAAUGGGGUUUUUCAAGAGGGUAGCGGGAUUAUUAGGGUUUGGAAAUCAUGACUUGCACGAAGUCAACAAGGAUGAUGUUAAUGGGAACAAUGAUGUCAAUCCAGUUGAAGAAAUUUAUCAUCGUGAUUAUAGUAAUCUCCCUCGUAAAGGAUUUAGCGUCCCUGUUCAAGUUCCUGUAGAUAGAGCUCAUCAAAUCGGCCCAGUUUUAGUUCCAUGUGCAGCCGGCGAUGGCGGUGUUCAGGGUCUAGGAUGGUAUGCACGACGUCUGAAGAUAGAUGAAGAUGGAGAUGUUGCAGAUGAGUUUCUUGACGAGAUUUUCCCAGCUUCUAAUACAGAAGUACAUCACAACCAAUUUCCCAGAUUCGAAGUGAAGCUCAACACUAAAUCUGCAAAAGCCAGAAACCCACGUUUGUCACGUGAAGGAACGGUCCAACAGUAUGUGGAAUUUGGAGGUAGGUUGCAGCUGGUCUGAAAUGCAGCCUGCUUUUUGUGUAAGGUGAUUUCUAGGGUUAUUUUAGGCAUAGAAUUGUAUAUGAGUGGGACUUGAAUGAACCAUGAAAGAAGAAUUAAUUCUCCAUUGGGUUCAAUGGUGGUGUGGUGUGUUGUGUUGUGUUGUGGUUUUCAUCUUGCAGAAUGUGAUUGGUUUAGAGCUCAUGGUUUAUAUCACAAACAUCUCAUUUACUUG